AUGGCUGACCUUCCAAAAUUAAGGUCUCUGGUCGCAGCUUUCACCGCACUCCCGCUCUGGAUGACCAUCGAACUCACCGUUUCAGUGCUAUAUGUAUUUCGACGCUGGUCCGGUCUAUACUUCUGGUCCGUUCUUGUUACCACAUGGAGCAUCUCUGUGCACGCCAUUGGGUUUCUACUAUCAUACUGCGUUCCGUCCUGUAACCAGAUAGCCAGUUCUGUGUUGGCCGAGGUUGGAUGGGUUGGGAUGGUGUCCGGAUUCGCGGUCGUUCUAUACUCGAGGUUGAAUCUCAUCAGCUUCGUCAUGCAGAACCGCCAUAUUCUGAGACUGGCGCUGGGAAUGAUCAUCACGGAUGCAAUGCUGUUUCAUAUUCCUGCACUUGUGAUCUUCAUCAUUGGUACUUCGAGUGGGGCGAUGUUUGAAAAGUAUGUCACAUGCAUGAACAUACUUGAACGCAUACAAAUCGUUGCUUUUUCCGUCCAAGAACUCAUUAUCAGCGGAUUGUACAUUUACGGAACAUUCAAAAUGGAACGGGAUUCUUUCAACAGUCGCAUUCGCAAAACCAUUCGCCUGCUUAUUACCGUCCAGAUAGCCGUCAUCCUCUGCGACGCACUGCUUAUCACCCUGGAUUUUGCAGGCUAUUACAUACUCAAAUCAUUUAUUCAUUCCUUUGUUUAUGCCUUCAAGUUGCAGAUGGAGUUUGUUAUUCUGAACGAGUUUAAACAGCUGGUUACGCAGGCGAGCUCAGGAUCAGAAGCAAUCGAGAAGGGCUUUAGAGACAUGACUGGUCCUAACAUAAUGUCACUCCAGAAGGUCACGCAGUCAUCCGCAGUCAUCCUAUAG